AUUACCCUUCCCUUUUCUUUAAAUCUUCUGAAGUCAUUAGAGCUGGAGUCACUCUCCCCAGGAGACCAGGACUUAGAACUGCCCGGGGAAGGACCACAGCUGGUGGCAAUUCCAGGUAUAUCAGGCAAUGAAAUGAGCUACUCUAAGUGAAAGAUUUAAGAAGUUCCAAAGAACCAAAUAGAUACCCAACACACAUUUGGACCAUUAUUACUAUCAUAUUCUUCUUCAUCCCUGAGAGUACUGAGCCCGUCCAAUGGAUAUAGAAGAGUAUCCUGUCCAUCUGGCCAAGAAAAUCAUGGAGAGAAAAGUGGAGAUGGGGCCUCUUGUUCUACUUCCUCCAGCACAGAAGCCACAAGAUGCAAUAGUUGAUCACACAUUGUAUAUUACCACUCGCUGAUCUUUUUAACUAUCUUUGAAUGUUAAUGAAAUAGUAUGCCUUGUCUCUCAUAAUGGCAGAGUAAAAGGACCUUUCAUGCCUCCUAAGAGAAAUAUAAAACCUGGGAGGGAGAAGUUGCAUAUCUUGUAGCCCUCAGGCAGAGAGUAACCGGUGGGAGAGAACCAUAGCCCAUGUCUUCCUGACUGAUCCACUGAAGCUGUUUCCCACCAAUUUUCCCUUGUCCAUACACCUUUUAUUUUUAUUUUGCCUUUUUUAUUGUGGUAAAAUACACAUAGCAUACAAUUACCAUUUUAACCAUUUUUAAGUGUAGAAUUCAGUGGUGUUAAGUACAUUCACAAUGUUGUGCAGCCAUAACCACUAUCUAGUUCUGGGACUUUUUCAUCACCUCAAAGAGAAACUCUGUAGCCAUUAAGCAGUAACCCCCCAUUUCCUACUCUCCACAGACCCUGGUAACCUCUGAUCUGAUUUGUGUCUCUAUGAAUUUUCCUAUUAUGACUAUUUUAUAUAAGUAGAAUUAUGCAAUAUUCGACCUUUUCACUUAGCACACUGUUUUCAAGGUUCAUCCAUGUUGUAGUAUAUAUCAGUACUUCAUUCCUCUGUAUGGCUGAAGAAUAUUCCAUUGUACAGAUAGACCACAUUUUGUCUAGAUCAGUUAAAAAGAUCUGUUGAUGGACAUUUGGAUUGUUUCCACCUUUUGGCUAGUAUGACUAAUACUGCAAAGAACAUUAGUGUACAAGUUUUUGUUGGAGUACGUAUUUUCUCCAUAUGCCCUUUGCUCAAUAUUUUCCUCUUGGAAGGCAAGGACAUUAUUUUCUUUAGUCAAGUAGGUGGCUUUGAUGUUAACAAUUGUCGGAAUAUGUUGCAAGAUGAAAUCUUGCCCAAAGGGUCUCAUAAAAUUUUGCCAAGUUAUAGGUGUGAGUAGGCACAGUGAGCAGUGGUGAGAAUGUUCUGGCUGGAGUGGGGCUGUAGGGGAAGGAGAGGAAGGUAUGAGUGUGAAAGUCAAUGGGUGCAGAGGUGAAGGCAUGAAGAGACUGCCUUCGGGCUCAUAACUAAGAAAUGACCAUUACUGAACUGUUUCAGGAGUGGGCAAGAUGGAGACCAAUUCCUCUCUUCCCAUGAAUGUGUCUGGAGGGAUCCAACCUGAAUCUUCCAGCUAUGCUGCCCUAAAUAUCUUCUCUCAGGUAGUUCUUGGAGUCACCUGUGUCCUCGGCAUCCUGGGCAAUGGCCUUGUGAUCUGGGUGGCUGGCUUCCGGAUGACACACACAGUCACCACCAUCUCUUACCUGAACCUGGCCAUAGCUGACUUCUCUGUCACUGCCACCCUACCAUUCACCAUGGUUUCUCAAGCCAUGAGAGGACAAUGGCCUUUUGGUUGGUUCUUAUGCAAGUUAAUUUAUACUGUGGUGGACAUAAACCUGUUUGGUAGUGUCUUUCUGAUUGCUGUCAUCGCUCUGGACCGCUGUAUUUGUGUCCUACAUCCAGUCUGGGCACAGAACCACCGCACUGUAGGUCUGGCCAAGAGGGUGAUCAUUGUACCUUGGAUUCUUGCCCUCCUCUUCACUUUGCCAGUUAUCAUUCGUGUGACUACAAUAAGUAAUGAAGCAGGGACAUUCUGCAAAUUGGACUUUUCACCCUGGACUACAAACCGUGACGAGAAGAAGAAGGUGGACAUUAUCAUGUACACAGUCAGAGGGAUCAUCCGGUUCAUCAUCGGCUUCAGUAUGCCGAUGUCCACAGUAGCUAUCUGCUAUGGGCUUGUCGCCGCCAAGAUCCACAGACAAGGCCUGAUUAAAUCCAGCCGUCCCUUACGGGUCCUCUCUUCUGUUGUAGUUGCUUUUUUUAUCUGCUGGUUUCCAUAUCAGCUAGUGGCCCUCAUAGCCACAAUCAGAAUCAGACAACGCUUGCUGAAUAUGAUCCAAGGCCUUAGAAUAGCUAUUAAUAUAACAGUCGCCCUGGCCUUCUUCAACAGCUGCCUUAACCCAAUGCUCUAUGUCUUCAUGGGCCACGACUUCCGAGAGAGACUGAUCCACUCCCUGCCCGCCAGUCUGGAGAGAGCCCUGACGGAGGACUCAGGCCAGACCAGUGACACGCCUGCCAAUUCUACUUCGCCUCCUUCAAAUGCUGAGUUAAAGGAAAUGUGAGGAGGGAGAUGGGAGACCUUUUGAGCUCCACCUUCUCCUAUCCUGCUCCACAUUAAUUUCAUCUCGAGUUAUGACUCAAGUCACAAGAAUUUCCUGUGGUUUAUCUUAAGAUUACCCACUAAAGAAAAAAUUUUCAUGCCUUUGAUUUUGGGAGGAAGAAAUAUGCAAGAAGAUACUAUUGAUAUUUGUUUUGGUUUUUGGACCUCAGCCUAGGGGAGGUUGUUGUUAGGUGCCAUCAAGUCAGCUCUGAUUCAUGGCAACCUUAUGUAUAACAGAAUGAAAUGUUGCCCAGCCCUGCUACAUCCUU